GUUAACUUCUCUCAUUUUGCAGCCCGGUGCAGCUCAGCAGGCAGUGCAAGAGGCGGCCACAUCUCUGCAGAUGGCAUUUGAAAACUAUGUUCUCUCCGACCAGGAUAAACUGGCCAUGGCCAGGAAAGCAUACCAGUCCUUCAUCCGAGCGUACGCCACGUUUCCGUCCUCCCUCAAACACAUCUUCCACGUGAGGAAGCUGCACCUCGGACAUGUAGCCAAAAGUUUCGGUCUGAGGGACGCUCCUGGGGACAUCGGGAAUCUUGUGGCUGGGUCAAAAUCUGCAAAGAAGGGUUUAGGAGAAACACAAAAGAAGGCCUCCAAAAGCCAGAUGUUGAAGGAUGCCAGAAAGGGAAAGCAACAGAAGCCCAGGCUGGAUAUGAUGUCAGAGUUUUCCAGUGGAUUGUGAGAAGCCGGUCAAAGGUCAUCAAGAGACCACUGCUUGAGGACAUCAGUGCUGUUUUCAGCCCCCAUCCACCAUGGAGAUCACCAGCCAAGAAACUGUGUUUUUUUGUAUUUCUAAACGUCAUCCCUUUCUGUUCUGUUAUAUUCUGUUCUGUUCUGUUCUGUUCUUGUCUACCCUGUUCUGUUCUCUUCCAUUCAGAAACAAUGGCAGAACUAAGAACUGAAAUGGUCCUUGCCAAAGCCAUCACUCCAGUGAUGACGUCGGUACAAGAGCACAUAUCUUUUGAUAUUGCAAUGCUUUGUGGGAUCUUUCCUCGACCCUCCUGAUUCUGUUCUACAUUUUGUCAACUUUUAAUGAUCAAAUCUUCAGAUCUUGUUACAUGUCAGGUCUUUAAAAGCCAAAGAAGAAGUCAACCCAGAAAUUAAACCUUAAGACAAUGUGAGAUAUGAUAUGUGAAUAUGUGUGGUAGAUCUGCAGUUAACAAAAA